GAUAGAACGUAGUAAUUUCCACUUGGUGUGAAAAGAAAUGAGUCACGACAACAGCACUAAUGAAGAAGUCAUAAGGCUCCUACCAGAAUUAGAAAACGAUAAUGAUGACAAACAAGUCUCUUCCGAAUAUGGAAAGAUAGAAAAGUGGAUGCAGCAGUUAUCGACGCCGUGGAGUCAAAAGUUGCUGGAACAAGACAACGAUGAGUUGAUAUUGUCAACCCAUCGUUCAGAGAAGCCCAUCGUACCCUUUACCAUACGAAACGAGCGACUAGACUCUCUUAUAGAUAUUAACUGGGCAACUUUUAACCAAGAGCAACAAAGAGAGAUGAAGAAAAAGAGAGAAACGUUGGGAAGAGACUGGUUCAAUAUGCCGGCCAUCCCAUCGAACGAUAUUGAAACACAAAAGGCAGUCAAGUUGUUGCAUUUACGUAGAUUUAUUUAUCCGAAUAGAUUCUACAAGUCUUUAGGCACGGAGAAGUCAUCUCAUAGGUUUUAUCAGGUCGGCACUGUUCAAGAUCAACCUGAAGAAUUUUUUUCAAAUAGACUGCCGAGAAAGGAAAGAAAGAACACAUUUGUGGAAGAAUUCUUGUCAGAUCCUGAUCUAAGAACGAGGACCAAAGAAAGAUUUAAAAAGAUUCAAACAGAGAAACAGAAACUUGUGAACCCUAAGAAAUGGAAGAAGAGAAUCCAACGAACACUGCCAAAAUGGAAAAGAAAGUGAUCCACUUAUUCCAAAAAUAUC